AUGUUCUCAAGCUUCGUGAGUGACGUUGACGAGGUCCUUGAGCCGUAUCCAGCUGAGCUCUUAGCUGGUCCAUCCGUGCAGCGAACACAAGUUUAUGUGCAAUGGCUCUCUCAGUUUUCUGAGCUAAACUUUCGUUUUAGCAAGGAAUCCACCAUAAUUCUAUCGCCUGAGAGAAGCAAUCAAAAGCCUUUUGUUGGUUUUGCGUUCAAACUUGAGGCAGGCAAGUAUGGGCAGUUAACAUACUUCCGCGUAUAUCAAGGUCAACUUAACAAAGGUGACACUAUCUACGCUUCGAAAGAUAGACGGCGUGUUCGAGUGCAAAGAUUAGUUCGUAUACAUGCUGCUGAAAUGGAGGAAACUGAUACAGCCUUUGCCGGUGAUAUCUGUGCAAUUUUCGGUGUAGACUGUAUUUCUGGCGAGACGUUUUGUGGUGAUCCCAAUGUACAGCCCUUUUGUGAGUCUAUACAUAUUCCAGAACCAGUUAUUUCUAUGUCAAUAAAGCCUAUAAAUAGAAAGGAUGGCGAUAAUUUCAUUAAGGCUUUGACGCGCUUCACAAAAGAAGAUCCCACCUUUCGUAAAGAGUACAACACAGAAGCGAAGGAGACAAUCGUUUCUGGGAUGGGCGAGUUGCAUCUGGAAAUUUACGCGCAGCGGAUGAAAAAUGAAUUCAACUGCCCUGUUGAACUCGGCAAACCAACAGUAGCAUAUCGUGAAUCUCUUGCUUCACCAUAUAAAUUCUACUAUCGACACAAGAAACAGACUGGUGGUCAAGGUCAAUUUGGUGAAAUUGGUGGAGUCAUUGAUCCUCUACCCGCAGAAAAGAAUACGCAGGUCGUCUUCACUGAUGAAACUUUCGGAAAUGAUAUCCCAAAGAGCCUGCUACCUGCUUUGAAAAAGGGUUUGAAUAUGAUUAUAACGGAAGGGCCUCUUAUCAAGGCACGGAUCGCUGGCAUCAACGUACGAUUGCAAAGUGGAACCACACAUGCGGUUGACUCUACCGAAAUCGCCAUGAUUAAUACCAUGCAAAAUAUGAUGCGUGAAGCAUUCGAAAAAGGCGAGUGGAUGCUUCUUGAACCUAUUAUGAAGGUUGAGGUUACUUCUCCAUCUGAAUUCCAGGGAGUUGUUGUAACGUCACUAACACAACGCAAAGCUACGAUUAUUUCCACUGAUUCUAUGGAAGAGUACAUCAUAGUUGUUUGCGAGUGUCCCCUAGCUGCUAUGUUUGGAUACACGUCAAUACUACGUUCAAUUACUGAGGGGAAAGGAGAAUUUACAAUGGAAUACUGCAGGUAUGCUCCAACUACUGAGGAAGCACAAAGUAAUAUCAUACGCGAAUGGCAGGCUUUACAUGGUCUUGGGGCAAUUGGUAAUAAGAAUAAGAAACUAUACCGUGUUUUGGAAGCCCAUUCAGCAUCCAAAGAGAGUCGAAAUAACGCCCAUAUGUAA